UCUGCAUGUCCUCAAGUAAUGAACAUUUUCAGAGAAAUCAGUAUUUGUAAAAAAUAUAAUGAACAAUUCUGUUCUUCAUUGUCAUCACUCAGCCUUUUCUCAUUUGGGGAUAUUUGUAUCACAAGAUCACCAACUACAAAGCUAGUUUGCCUCAGAGACAUCAGCUGCCAGCUGAGCUCCCUGAAAACAGGUCUAUGGUAGUGCCUGCUGUGACUGAACUGGAAAUCAUUUGAAUUGAUCCCUUGAUAUUUUAGCCGUGGGGCUGAUUCUCACUGUUGCACUGAACUGCCACGUACAAAGAAGAAUGGUUUAGUGUCACUUUCAUAUGUCAGAUCUCUGCUGAUGAGUGUUAAUUAGUGCAGAAAACCUGGAGAGUCACAGUUCCUAAAAGUCAGUACAUUGCUUAAACUCUGGUGAAUGUUUUGUGUGCACGCAUGUAUGCAUGGGAAAGUAAUCCAAUCUGGGAAAGCUGAUCAAUUAGUUCUAGGUGUUGGUUUUUGGUUUGUUUUUUUUUCAUUUUCGUUUCCUCCAAAAUGUUUAAAUGUAAAGUGUUUGUAUUUUAUAAAUCCAAAGUGAAUCAUGUUGUUUAUUAAGGUAUCCCCAAGUUAGCACAGUGCGUGGUUUCCCAGGCAAGCUGUCAGAACUUCUCCCAACUACUUGAUUAAUCUAUAAGAGACAGCAGUUUAUCUAAAGGGUGCACAGACUCCAGUGAGGAAGGUGUUUGUCAGCUGUCCUUGUGUAGUCCUAGAUACAAUUUCAGCAGAAAAGCUCUAUAGGCUGUGCCUCUGAAAUUAGGCUCAACUCUGGAUUACUGGCUUUUAUGUUAAAUUGUUACACACAUGGUCAUCGGUAAAUCCUUAAAGUUCCUUCACAAGUACUUACAUUGAAAAUAAAAAUAAAAUACAGGCUUUGUAUGGUUUAGGAGUUUACCAUAAGUGAGCAACAUUUGAGCUGUAACAUAAGACUAUCAAAUAUCAAAUAUUCAUGACAAAUAAACACAGACUAAAGUCCCAAACUUUCUGAAGUCCCACCUGAAAAUUGUCUCCUUUUAUUUUAUCAGUGUUUGACUUCUUAUACCAGUGCAAUAUUACCAGGUUGCCCCAUAGUUUAUAUGCUCUGUUCAGCUUGGGCUGAAUUCAGCAGUAUUUUUACAAGAAAGUUCUGCUUACUCACUGCAAACCUUGCAAUAAUGUACUUGAAUUGUGUGACCCAUUUUAAUGUUGGGCUUAAAACCUUUCGACUUAAGGCAACCUCUGAGAAUUUGCUGUGCCCCACCAGAGUACCCAGGCUAUCACUUCGAGCUACCAAAUUUAGCUGAUUCUCUUGCCUCUUCCCCUCUACAACCCUCCAAAGAGGUGGUGUUUGCAGGAAGCCACCACAUUUGCUAUGGCAGUGUAUUUAAUUUACAUCACAGAACCGGGUGUGACCUGCUUUAAAGGGAUUGUGCAAGCUGCUGGGACAGACUCGCCCCUUUAGGCACCAGUUUAGGCAGCAGCGUUAAAUUCGUGUACCUGGCAAAGCAGCAGCCUCCCAGCACUGAACAGCACUAACGUUACCCCCUGGGUCCUUUGCUGUACAUGAUUAAUUUUGCUCAUUAAGCAUUGAAGCUGUUUCCCAGUCCUUAAGCUAUAAGUCUUAAAUUCCACCACUAUAUUUGGCAUCUCCUUGUGACCCAGCAAAGUCAGCUUUGCUCCAGGGGCAAGACUGCAAAACCAGUCUAGGACAAUUUGGCUGAAAAUACUGCAUGAGGUGCCUGCCACAUGACAGCAGUCAACCUGCCAGUAUAGGUAUCAGUCUUUGCAUGGCCAGAAAAUACUGCUGAGUGUGAGAGCCUAUAGUUUACACCUCAUUGUCCUUAUCCCUAAGUUUGGACUCUUUUAGCUUGUCACAAGGUGCUCUUGAAAUUUUGGUAUUAAUCUACAGCAGCAGGUUUCAAAUUGUUAUCCCUUGGUCACCAAGCCCCUUGUAAAUUAGCUGUGAAACCUCACCUGCCUUUCCAGUGCCUCCAGUUAAAACCUCAGUAUGUUCAGGUAAGGAGAGCUGUUGCUUCAUGCUCUUGAACACAUGGAGUAAUCUUAGUGUGAAGGGAAAAAAGCAUCAAACAGCUGUUUGGCAAUGUGUCUUUGAAACUCGAUCUUAUUAUUUAUAAACUAGGGUUUAACCUUUUAAGAUGUUUAUUAUUUUUAUGUCUCAGCAGUAAAACAGCAUAAAAGUUCUUGCAGAUGUAUUUUUUCCUUGCAUUUGGGUUUACCUUUCACUGCUUCAAUGAAAACUUGCUUCUGUUUGCGGUUCCAAGGUGUCAUUUGUCUCACCAAAACAGCCAAACUCUGAAACAUGAACUGGAUUCUUUUCUGGCUUGUUCUUGUAGGAAAAAAAAAAAAAAUUGUUAAUCAGUGCCUAUCUUUAGAGCAAGCCUCUGCAGGGACUGGCUCCACACAGUGCUAUCACUUACACCUGUGCAAUUGAUCAUAUCAGAAUUCCUUUCAGGCAACUCUGCAUAUCAUUUGAUGUCUAUGAGGUGUGGCGGGAAGCAACACUCGGACUAUGAAACUCUGUGCAUGAGGAGAAUGUAGGUUCAUCAUCAAAUCCUAAACUGAGAUCAGAGGGACUAACAGUAGAAGAAGAAAAAAGAAAACUCUUGGUUACAAACAGUGAAGAAAACCUCUCAGAAGUCACUAAACCACAGGCAAUGGAACUGUCUUGCUUUGAGUAGAACUGUAAUUUAAGUACUGAAGAGCUACAUUUGGCUCCUUUAGGAAGGUUACAAAGUAACCUAGUAGAAACACAAUGCUACCUCUGUGUUGGGAGGCAGUUCUUAGAAGCCGCUGGAUAGCCAAGACUUCAAGGGAUUGUUACAUAGUGCAACCACUAAAUGUACAAAUAAGGUAAUAAUUGAGGAGAAGUAUAUUACUAUACACUCCUAAACUCUCUGAAGACAGUUCUAAUUCCUAGCCCUGUCCUUCUCCUGUUUUAGACAAAACUGGCUGUUAACCACAAGAGUGAUGCACCUUGAUGAAAACAAAACUGGUGUGUGGUACGUGCCCUCUGUUGUGCUGGGUUACAUCCAUGCCAGCCCUUUAAGGCCCUUUGUAUCAGGGCUGACUUCUCCUGUCCAGUGACCAAACAAACAGCAGUAGGAACUAAGGACAAUGGCAAACAAAGAGUUUCUGUACUCCUGAUAUGCAAGUGAAAUAUGAGUGGGGGAACCAAGCGAGAUUCUGUAUUCCUUCUCAUCCAGAAGCACAGACUAGGUUGGGCAGCUGGUGCAGCACUGGAUGCACAGGUAUGUUUUACUUGCAGAAAUAAAACAAGCUUGGAACAAACUCAUUGCUGCUGCAGUUUAUUGUAGCUGUGACAUUUUGGAGCCCAUGGGGCACAGACUGUGUGCUUCCCUCCUGUCACUUGUAAAAGCUCCGAUUGCACUCUGUACUGAUGACUUCUGGCUCCUACAGCUUCCUUUUCCCCUCAUGGAAAAGGCAGUGCAAUGGGAGCAGUGUGGUUGGAGGCUGCUGAGGGUUGCCCUGGGGAAGGGUGGCUGGGAGGGAAGGGGAGCAUGUCCCCAGCAGCCCUGCCCUCCUCUGCAGGUGGCUCCCCAGCCUGCAGUAGAGCUGGAGCUAAAUGGGGCUGUGAAACUUAGCAGGGACAUCCUACAGUGAUUGUGGCUCCAGGGAAGUCAAUGGGCCAAAUCACCAAUGGAUGACAGCAAAGUAAUAUUCAUUAAGAAUAAAAACCUUGUUGCAUUUAGAUCAGAUUUAAUCAUGUUCACACUGAAAGACUGAAUGUUCCCUUCCGUUGGUCCUCAGCUGUAAGAUUGAGGCAGGACAGUAAGGUACAUUGAGGCACUCUACAUCCCAAAGAAUGUCCUCUUCCUGUCAAAAAUUCAGUGUAUUCCCCAAGAACAAUGCAACCAUGUCUACAAUGGCAGGACAAAAUAGAAGGAUUUCUGAUAGAAAAGUGUAACAAGAAAAUUAUCUGAAACAGUAGCAAAAGGACAGCUGAUAGAUGUGGACAUGGAGUUUGGGAUGGAUAAUAGGGAAGGUGUGAUACAACCUUUCGAAUGCAAUUUCAAUCAAAGAAAUUUGGGAACAGCCCUAAUCCUGUCUAUUUUUUGAACAUAGAUUUUAUUGCUGUUUCAUAGCAUUUACAAUCAUCACAAAGGCUGCUAUAGAUGUCAGCUUAACAGGCCUAUGCUCAGUCUUUUCAUCCACACAUCCUUCUACCUGUGCCUCUCCACACUCAGCUUUCCCUUUGAACUUCACUGCCACCAUAACCUGGUGAAAACAGGCUUGGAGAACUCAGAGCAGAAAUGUCUUUCUGGUGCUUUUUUAUGCUUUAUGGCACAGAAGCCCACUGAAGAAUUGGAGCCCUACUAGCACUCACAAAACAGGCAUAAAAAUAUUUUCUCCCUCUUGUGUAGCUUCAUCCACUUUCUGCAGCUUUUCAUUUCCACCACAGCUCAGCUGCCUAGAAGACAUUCUCUGCAAAGAUUAGAAAUGAAGACUUCUGCAUACAGGCUUAACAUUGAAGUGCUGCUUAGGAAAAGAGAGUUAAUAUCUGUUGUCUCCAUGGCUUAUUUCACUGUGUAUUUAAAACUAAAGAUCUUCUGGUCCUCCCCCACCCCCAAAACAUCCCUGUGCAACUGAUGAUGAGCCAGAGAAAUUCCCUGAAGAGGGGGUAGCAAUAGGAUAUUACUUGACUGGCUCAUGCUGUCCAGCGGAAAGCUCACAGGGCGUGGUAGCACCUGACGGGUCCAGGGGCCUCUUGCACUGCCAGUCCCUUCUGGGAGGGACCAGGAAAGAGGAGCCUUGCGUUACCAGGCAGCCCCAUCUGCAGGAACUGUCCCACCCACGGCCCUUGGAGGUCUCUUGGCAUCCCUUAGUCUUUGGGCUCUCACUUGUUAACACGUCUAUUAGCAUCUAUUUAUCUAGGCCUUCCUCAGCCUGUUUCAUACUGCCAGAUGAUAACCCAGAUUCUCCAUUCCCACUCAUCUGUGGUCCAAGUUUGUUUCCCUGUGAAUUGGUUCAGCAAAUUUCUCCUGAUUUUCCUAAAUCUCAGUACUGGGGAAGGUCUCUGUCACUGAUUCACUGAGGAGUGAUGUCUUUGAGACCCCCUGGUCCAGCUGAUUUAAAGUUCAGGGAGGGUAAGGAGAUCACUUUGGGACAUCAGGUUUGUGUGUUAGGGUGAAAAACGGAACUCAUCUCAAGGAGGAAAACACUCCAGUUCUGCUUGCGCAUGGUCUGGGUACCCUUGAAACCCCCUCUCAUAGCCUAUGAUCUACAUUACACACAUCCAGAUUAAAACAAACAAGCAAACAAACACACACCAAAACAAACAAAAAAACCCCAACAACCAAAAUUUUAAAAAACCCACCAGGACUGCCUGCAGAGUCAGUGCUGCAGAGAUAUCCCUCCAGAGAUAAACCCUGUAGAAAGAGGCACUGCCAGUCUGAAGUCCCAUGGCAGAAUCUGUACUGAAAAAUCUGAUAUCCAGAGGAAGGUUCUGAAGAGUGAGGAGGUAGGAAAUAGCCUCCAAGUUUUCCAAGAUAUUUGUCAACAUGUACAGAAAGAUACUGGAAUAUUCAAAAAUCCUUAACUGUAUAGGUCCCAUAAGGGUGAUCUGCUAUCUGGCAGUACAGCUGGUACCAAACACUAUGGCAAUUAGCAUGAGCACUGCAAAUAUUUGAGAGGGUCAAAAUUUAAGAACCCUUUAAAAACCACAUGAACCACUAACACAAAAUCACGUUUCUUUGAUUUCUGCCAGAACAGCUCUGUAAAUUCAGCAAUAAUUUUUCUAAGAAUGAUCCAGAAAUAAAACACACACCUGUAGUACUGCGUGGGCUGUGAUGGGGAAAUGACCAAUUACUAAUGUGUAAUUCUAGGUACUGUAUCCAAAGGAUGAUACAAUACCAUACAAUAAUUUGUCUUUAUGCUGUUAUUAAGGUUACGGUACUGCAUGGGCAAAGCUGAGCACCCAAACCAGUCCCCUUGUCCCAGUCAUGUUUAAGUGGUAGGGUCCUACAAACACAAUUUUAUAUUUAUGCCUGCCAUAGCAUUAUCAAAUAUUAGCACUCACCACUUCAGCUGCUUCCACUGAGAAAGACUUUGAGCUGUUUAAUGCACCUGAUGCUGAUCAUUCCUGCCUACAGCCAUGGUGAAAUUCAUUCACCAGUCACUGCUUUAUUUACUCCUGGGGCAUUUUGCUAGAGGCAUUCAAUGGGCAGAACAUAUUUCUUUUUCUUUUGAGAUUAGAAAUGAUGUGAAAUACUUAUGAGUUAAUAAUUUUUUAGCUUUAAAUCCUCUAGCCUUGACUUUCUAGAGAAUUGCUUCAGGGCUGGAGAAGAAUGUUUCCAGGUGAACCUGAUUUGGUUCUGACAGUUGUGACAGAUGCAGUUCAUUUGGGGGAGGGAGGGAAAAUGGUGAAGGGAGGAUAAAAGGCUUUGGAAGCUGGUUUAGAGUCCUUUCUGUCAGAGAAGCUUUCUAGUCUUCUGUCUUAGUAGCUGCCUGUUGUUUUCUCCUUCAUAUUAUGCCAUCACCUAUUCCACUUAAUUGUUUUCUUUCUUUUGAGUAUUCCCCCUCUGCGAAUUUGCGCCCCUGCAGCAGCCCUUUAAUUAUCCCUGGCAAAGACAGCAAAAGCUUUCUGGGGGGAGCUUCUUCAGCCAGGACUCGUCGCUUGCCCUCACGCUUGUCCUGGUGCUCCAUUGACUGGGAGCAGCUCUGCCUCCUGCAGCCUUUAGGAUCUGGAGGCUUUGGCUCUGUCUACAAAGCCACCUACCAUGGUGCAACGGUGGCUGUGAAGCAGGUGAAGAAGAGCAGCAAGAACCGGCUGGCAUCGCGGCAGAGCUUCUGGGCUGAGCUGAACGUGGCCCAGCUCCAACACGAUAAUGUGGUACGUGUGGUGGCUGCCAGCACCUGUGCCCCAGCCAGCGAGAACAGCCUGGGCACCAUCAUCAUGGAGUACGUGGGUAACAUCACUCUGCACCAUGUAAUUUAUGGCACUGGGGGUGCAUGGAGACAGGGGGAGGACGAUGAAGAAGGAUGUGGAAGGAAGGCCCUGAGCAUGGAACAGACUGUGUGCUACUCAUGUGACAUCAUGACAGGCUUAGUCUUUCUGCACUCACAGGACAUUGUGCACUUGGACCUGAAGCCUGCAAAUGUUUUUAUCACUGAGCAAGGAGUGUGCAAGAUUGGAGACUUUGGGUGCUCCCAGAAACUGGAGAUGGGCUCAUCCCAGAGCGCCCGUGUUUGCCAGCAAGGGGGCACGUACACACACCGUGCCCCUGAGCUCCUCAAAGGGGAGAGGGUCACUGCCAAAGCAGACAUCUACUCAUUUGCCAUCACCCUCUGGCAGAUGGUCACGCGGGAGCAGCCGUACCUGGGCGAGCGGCAGCACGUGCUCUACGCUGUGGUCGCCUACAACCUGCGCCCUUCGCUGGCUGCUGAGGAGUUCCACGGGUCACCAGCGGGCCAGACUCUGCACAGCAUCAUCAGCUGCUGCUGGAAGGCCAAUGUGGAGGAGCGCCUGCCUGCAGACCAGCUGCUUCCCAGCCUCAGGGCCCUCAAGCAGAGCCUCUAGGAAAACUCAGGAGUCUUUAUAUUCCUUUUGAUGACUUUUCUUUCCCUCUACCCUUCCUUUGAGCAUAAUUAAUUUAGCCUCUGUGUGAUCUGAUUGUUGCUGGUUUUAUACUUGGAAAAAAAAAAAAAGCCCCAAACUGUUUUGAUAUAAGAAUAUUAUAAAUAAAGAGAUUUAGUGAAACUGUGGGGUUUUACCCUGGAAGGGGAUAGUGGCAAAGAUGAAGAUGUUGGUGGACAUGAUUUCUUUCUGGUUGAUGUGUUGUGUGCUGCCUUGCUCACUAGGAAAUGUGAUGUGCAGAAAAAUUGUUGGUUGUAAGUGAAGUACAAACAAGGGUCUGGUUUUGAAAGGUUCUUUAUACAUAAUACCUUUUGGUAUUUUUAAAAUGUCAAAUAUGAGUAGUUCUUGACACCAGCUAGGGUAGUACAUUUGAGCUUUUCCUGUUCAUUUACCAAGGAAUGAGUAUGUAUUACAAAUCAGUGAAUGCAGAAAAAUAAAUACAGUGUCAGUUGUCUAUUUAACUUGUUCUUAGAUGUACUUAAUUCCAGUAAGUAUGCUGCUUCCGAUAUGGAAAAUGUGAACUACUCACAUAUUCCUUGAAUUAAAGAACCUUUUUGUCAGUCUAAGGCUACUAAGACUAAGAAAUUGCAUUAACAACCUAUCCUUUUUAUAAUAUUUCCCUGCUACUAGUCGUGUCAGUAGCAGCUUGCUAGUUGAAGCACUGUAAAUUUUGAAGCAUUAUAAGAAGAUUUUGUACAAAAUAGAGUUUUAAAAAAGGGGGCAAAAGAAUGGCAAAGUGAGGAUUAUUUUGCUUUAUAAAGCAUGGCUCAGUAUUGGACAAGAUACUGGAAGUACUGAAAAGGAAGUUUGCUUACAGCAGUAAUAAUGUUCCUCUGCUGGAGCUCAAAGCACACACUAUUGAACUAUCCUGUGCAGUGCUUAUGUCUUAUCUGCUAUCUUUCCUAAUCUGGUUGUAGUGUGUCUGGGAGAGGAAGUGCUGUAGGCAAUGCUGAAGACAAAAAGCUCUGAUCCUUGACUUAUCAGAAGAGAUAAUUGUACAUCUGCACCCUUAUCUGGAGCUGCCUGCUGUAGUUGAUAUUACCUUUCUGCUCAAAGUCUCUGCUUCUUUUUAAGACAGGAGAAAGAGUGAUGUUUCAGUCAAAUUGUUUUUCCUCUUUACCCUUCCUCCCCCUUGCUUCCAUUCUGGAAAAAAAAAAAAAUCCCAUAGGAAUUGAGCCAGUUUCCUGAUUUCUGACACACAUCUGUUCUUAGCUCCGUGAAAUCCUGGAAAUGAGCAACUAUGUGAAUUUGAGAUGAUUCUGUAGGUCUUUAUGGUAUUUGGGUUGGUAAUUGAAAUUAAUGGUUUAUAAAGCAUAUCUAAGCUUAACUAUUUCUUGGUGUUCUGUCCCCCUUAAGUGGAAAUUGAAAAUGCUGGCUGGAAUAAAAAGCCCUGAAGUAAAUUCUGGAAAAAGUUUCCCGUGUUUCUCUGUCAAAAUAAUUAUGCUACAGAACCAGAACUUUUUUUGUGUGUGUGAGUGUUAUAUAAUUUAUUUAAUAAAGAAGUUGUUUCAUAGAAGUUAUCAUAAUAAUCAGUUACCUUUUGAAAUGAUUAGCUAAGGGCAUGCAAGAUAAAAUUUUAGAUAAAGCCAUUGCCGUGCCUCACCUUAACAUCAAGCAAUAAAAAUGUUUCUGCAGCUUUCAAAAGAAUAAAAAAAGGAAUUAAUUUUUUAGU